GGCGACAUGGAGCUGUGUGCCGUGUUUCUGGUGGGUGUAGCCGCAUGAUUGUAGUUUCAGUUUGGGCGAGGCCACACUGCUUUCCCGACACGGUCAACUGCGGAGUCGAGAGAUUUCAUGACACAUAGCAGAGCCGAGGCGCAGUUACUCGGGGAUUUUUGCAGGCUUUUAAGCCCCAGUUCGCCUCGACAUUAUGCCCUCCAUUAAGGACUUGAGGCUGACUUAUGACGUUCUCAACGAAGAGGGGACGUUCUCGGAGGGGGACGCUAUAACGGGAAAAGUAACGCUGGAGCUCCUGAAGGAAACGCAAGUGGAAAGCCUCUUUGUCAAAGCGAAAGGAGACGCUAAUGUGCACUGGUCGGAAAAGCGUGGUGAUCGCCACUACUCGUACAACGCACACAGGAGACUUUUCAAAGACAAAAAGUUUUUGAUCCCCGAGAGCACCAGAGAGACUGUACUUCCUGCAGGGAUCCAUGUCUAUAAUUUCAGUCUGCAGAUACCACCCGGAGGUAUGCCAUCGUCCUUUAAAGGACAUCAUGGAAAGAUUGUCUACAGACUUGUAGCCAAGGUUGCCAGGAGUUGGCGGAUGGACCGUACAGUCGAUAAGGAGCUAAAGUUCGUCUCCAAGGCCAUUCCUAACAUUGCUCAUCUAAUGACUGGUCAGUUUGGUUCAGUGAAUAAAGAGAUGGGACUUUUCUCAAAAGGACAAGUAAACAUGGAGGUCACUGUUGACAGGGGAGCAUCUGCACCAGGUGGAACAGUGGCUGUUGUUGCAAAGAUCAACAAUUCCUCAUCCAAAGACAUGACACCCAAAUUAAGUUUAAAAAAGAAUGUGGUGUAUUCUGCGCAAGGCUCUAGAAAGCACGAAGAGUAUUCUGUCUGCAAAAUGGUUGGGAACGCUGUCACACCGCGGACAGACAAAACAGUUCAGUGGGCGAUGAGCAUCCCUGCUGAUGUGCCCCAGACCAUUAACAACUGUGACAUUAUCUCAGUGGAGUAUCAUAUAAAGGUGUGUUUGGACAUUAGUUUUUCUUUCGACCCUAAAGUCAAGCUUCCGUUUGUCAUCAUUCCUCCUGGCCUUACCUCUGGCCCUCAACCUGGUGGAGCUGUGGGUCCCAGUCCAUUUGGAGCUUUCGGGGGCCCGAGCAGCAGCGACUUCCCUCCCCCUGGUCUCCCUGCUGGACCUUAUCCUGUACACCCCGCUCCAGGCGCUCAUGCAUACCCACAAGGACCCACAUACCCAGCACUACAUGCCGGCUACCCAGCCAUGUACCCUGCUCCGAAUCCAGCCAUGGCAGGGGGUUACAAUAACCCGGUGCCCAGGCAGCCCUCUCCAUAUGGAUCUCCAUUUUCGUCUUCAUCAUCCUCACCAGUCCACCACCCUCCCCCUUCCGCCCCAACAUUUCACCCACCUCCGUCCGCCCCAGCAUUUCACCCACCUCCAUCUGCCCCAGACUUAAACCCACCCCCAUAUUCAAUGUUUAACCCUUCCCCAGCAUGCCCUACAUACAACCUACCUCCCACUGGCCCAGACACUACUACAAACUUCUUGUCUCAACCGGGGGAAGAAGCACCUCCAUCUUAUAUGGAUCUUUUCCCCCCAUCAGGCACUCAAACAUCUCCUACUGGGUCUGAUGGAAAGCAAUAAAAUGCCAUAUGACUAUUGCACUAUAUGAAAGGUCUAUUAACUGUGUGAUAAGGAAUAGCCAAGAGGUUCAUUGUGUAUAUGUCUAGCUAACUCUAAGUUAUAUCUACAGUGAGUGAACAGCUUUUUUGUGUUUUACAUACUGUUUUUGUUUGUUUGUUUUUAUGGUUUUUUUUGGUGAUGCUUAUUGGCUACUCAUAUCCUAUUUGUCCAUAUCUGUAGAUGGUCCUCUUUGGAAGCUGACAUAUACAAAGCAAGCAAUGCCACUAUUUGUCAUUCAUUUUGACACAUUUCCAAGUGUCAGGAACUGACUAUGGAUCAUCUUUUUAACAGUGAUUUAUUUCUCAUGUCCCUAGUUUCUCCACCUCAGCCUCUUGUGAUCUGACAAAAGAUGAAAGGGAAUAGACAAUCUCUUUUUCUACCUCUCCAUCACCUCUGCCUUCUUUUCAGUGAUAUAAAAGCUCUAACACUGUACAUAAACAGCAAAGGAAAUAUUUUUGUUCUGUUUUAUUGGGAAGUAAAAUGUAUUAGCAUUCAGCAAUAAAACCCAUGUUUUGCAUGUGACUACAAUGUAUCUCAACUAAUUCAGUCCAU